AUGGAUCCAAUUCCAUGGGACCAGGUCAAGACUGGGGACCUGGAAGCCUUGCGGGUCGCACUCUUCUCGAGUUCGACCUCGCGCAGGCUCCGGGCCCUGCAAGAACUUCGCGACAAGAGCGGGACCGAAAUACCUCCCGAAUCUCAUCAAGAUAUUAUCGCGCUACUCUUCCAGACCUACCCUCUCUACGUCGACCGAUCAUCCCGACAGGCGGUGCACCAAUGUCUCCGCGCCCUCCUCCAAACCCCGAACGCCGCGGAAUCUCUCAAAUACCUAACCGAGCAACUAAAGAUCGAAGCUGGCAAGCCCGGACUGGCCUCAUCGUCGGCCUUCGUUCUGUUGGAAUGGUGCUGCAUCCUGUUGCAGCAAGUCAGUGAGGAUCAGGCGACACCCUUGGCAAUUGUCUUGGAUCUGAUCGCCGUGGAUGCCAAGGCAUUGGAGAACUGCUUUGCCCACACGCCCAAGACGCCAGUGAAGCAGUCGGCCCUGCGGGUGACAAGACGUGCUCUGCGUGCCGUGUUCUCUUCUCAGACAUGGGGCGAGGACGCUGUCCGCCAGUCCGUCAGCCGAUUGACUACGGACUCGGCCGCCGGAAAUAAGAACGCGCUUUUCUUGGGCGUCAUCUCCGGGGUAUGCGCACGACUUCCCGCCAGGAAGCCCAUUUUGGAGGAGUCCAAGAAGGCCAUUCUGGAUUAUUACGUCAAUCAGAUCGUCAGUUCGAAAACUGUGGUGCCCUCACACAUCGCCGGUGGAUUGUCAGAUUUCAUGGAGUCAUUUGUCACGUCCGAAGAUGUGACCACCGAGCUGGUGCCUCCGAUGGAGAAAUCUAUGCUGCGAGCACCCGAAGUAAUUCUGACGGGUUUGAUCCCGCCUUUUAGCGACUCGCUGUCCGCGGAGAUUGACCUCUCCGAGACGGUGCAGUCCCGUCUCUCUAAGCACUUGUUGGCUAGUAUGAAGUCGAACAACCCGGCCAUUCGGCAAGGCGCCGCUGACGCCUUCGGGUCAUUGCUUUCACGAUGCAAGUCCGACGCCUUGGUCCUGAAGAUCACGAGCGAGAUUGUCAGCCCUCUCAAGACGAACAAGAUCACCACUCCCGAGCACCGUGUUGCCUAUGCGCAAGCCAUUGCGGCGAUUCCAUUCUCAAUUGGCGUCUCGAAAGAGAUUAUCACAGGAUUCGGGCCGGUCUUCAACAAGGAGUCUAAUGAAGCUGCUCUCGAGGGCGAGCUCAAGGCCUUCAGCAAGCACCUCGCUUUCCUGAUUCAAUCAAAUGUUAAGGUCAGCGACGACAUUGUCAAUGCUAUUGUCAAGGGCGUUGCCGACAAGCGAAUCCCAUUUCGCAAGCUUUGGCAACUCAAUGUUGGAGAGGUCCUUUGGAAGGCCGACGCUACCUCAUUGAAGAGUCCCGAGGUCGAGCCACUUGUGUCCAAAUUCCUUGCGAAGAUGAAAGACCUGUUUGGCGAGGUUGCUUCCAACGCACUGCCGUCGGCUCAAAGCGGUGCAUUGUCAUCCGCGUACGUCUUCCUGGCUCUCUUCCAGAGAACCUCCGACAUUGAAGGCACGGAGAAGUCCACUUGGGAGGAAAAGGUGUCGCAAUCUAUGACAAUGGGUUCGAAGCCUUCGUUCCUGCUGAACCCCAGAGCCUACUCGAAGGUGACAACGAAGUCCGAGAUGCAAUGGUUCGUCCGGUCUCUGGCUGCUGUUACUUCCGGUUCCAAGUUUGCCUCGGCUGAAGAAGCGGCCAAGAUUGCCUGGGCUCAAUCCUUCAUUUUUGCCAUUACUGCCCCGGCCAUGCCUACCAACCACCGUGAAAAUGCAGUGGAAACAUUGUCGAGCGUCCACGUGAAGGAUGCGGCCGCUAUCGGUGGUAUCGUCGUCAAGGCUCUUUGGACUUGGAUUCUUUCCCACCGUACUCACGAGAAGGAAUCAGCUGCUGUUUUUGCUGGACCGGGAAGCGAGCGCCUGCUGCACUUGGUCUUGAGGGCUCUGUGUCCCACAUCGGCCCCAAAGGAAGGAUCGGAAACCAUUUCUGAUCUCGAAAACCAGCUGAUCAACAUCCUGCUCCUUAGCCGUCCUGAGAUGGUUCCAAAUGCAUCUUGGAUCGAUUUGUGUUUGAGGACAGGCAUCGACCCCGGAAACCUGGUUCGCGCCCAUCAGACCGAAUGCAUCGAACGGCUGGUCCGUGUCAACGCCGACCCUAUUCAAUCGAUCGUGCCUAAUGUCAACCCUGCUAUCUGGAGUGCUGCGGCCGACCUGGCAUUCGUGGCCCCCGAGGUCAUGAUUCCCCGCCUUGUCGACCAGAUAAAGGAGGAUCUUGAUGGUGCUCGUCUUUCCAAAUUCACCGCGACUGAUGCUGCCAUUGCACGUACUCCCGAGGGAACUACCUUCGUCGACGUGCUGAGCAGCAAGUCCAAGCAGCCUGCCUUUGACAAGAACACCAAGGAUUAUGACACUCUAAAGUGGGAGGAAGAACUCCGCGCGCAAUUGGUGGAGAAAAAGGGCCAGAAGCCAAAGAAGCUCACCCUCGAAGAGCAGUCUAAGGUCAAAGCACAGCUUGCAAAGGAAGCCGAUAUCCGUAAAGAGGUGCUUGAAGAAGUCAAGCGCAUCGAGCGUGGUGCUGGUCUCAUCCACGGCCUGGCAACUGGCCCGGCCAAUGACGCCGAAGGCUGGAUCAAUACCGCCGUCGAAGGCCUGCUUUCUCUUGCCCGCGCUGGUGCUGGCCUGUUUGUUGGUGGCAUUGUGUCUCAAGCAUAUGUCACCUGUGCAAAUGAGUUAUCUUCGCGUCUGGGUAACAUCCGUCCGUUCGUUGGUGUUGCAACACUGCGUGCCAUCGGAAAGACUAACCUCCCGCCAACAAUGGAAUUGGAGCAUCUGGGAGAACUCACCACAAGAAUUUUGUACAAGUUGCGAUUUGCAUCUGAACAGCGUCCUCUUGAUACCCCGUCUAUCGCCUAUAUCCUUCCCUUGCUUUCUUUGGUUUUGAGCCAGAAUGGCAUUGAGGAGGUCAAGGGUGAACAGGAGGGCGAGCAGGUCCUGCUUGCGCUUGAUAUCUUGUCCUUCCACACCAGUUCUUUCACUGAUAUUCGUCUCCCCCGCAACGAAGUCCUUCGCCAGCUUCUGUCCGCCAUGCAAAGGUACACUCAGCACUACAAGCUGAUCAAAGAUAUUCUGUUCAAUUUCUGCCGCUGCAUCUCCGCCAAUAUUAGCGCUGAAGAGUUGCAGACUCUGUUGGAAGGUACUAUCGUUGCCGAUUCUUCUGUUAGAACCUCAGUACUCCAGGUGAUUGACGACGAGAUUGACCUGACUGAUCUCGACUUCUCCGAACACAUCUGGUUGGGCUGCCAUGACCAUGUGGAAGAGAAUGUCGUGAUCGCGGAAACCAUCUGGGAAGACAAUGCGCUGGAAGUGGAUGACUCGGCCUUUGCCAAGAUCAUGACGUACUUGGACUCCAAGGACUCUCAUCUCCGAGGCUCUGCUGCUCGUGCAUUGGCCCACGCCAUUGAGUUUGACAAGGAAAAGUUUGCCGGUAUUGUUUCCGAGCUCGAGACCAAGUACUCCGAGGAAAUCAAGCCCAAGGCGCCCGAAAAGGACGCCUAUGGCAUGCCCAAGAAGGUGGACAACACCGAUGUCUGGGAGCCCCGAAGCGGUAUUGCACUUGCCUUCAAUGCCAUGACAAGUCUUUUUGAAGGCGAUCAAAUCAUUAAUUUCUUGCAAUUCUUGAUCGAGCGUGGUCCUCUUGUGGACAAGAACUCUGCUGUUCGUUCCCAGAUGGCUGAGAGUGGUAAAUCGGUGAUCGCUCAACGGGGUCAACAAAAGGUCGAGCAACUCAUGAAGCUGCUCGAGACUGUGUUGGAAACAUCGGACAAGGCCACUCAAAGCUCCGACUUGCUGAACGAGGCAGUCGUCGUGCUUUACGGAUCGCUGGCUAGGCACUUGAAGGGCGAUGACCCUCGCUUGCAAACCGUCAUCAAGAAGCUUCUUGCAACCCUCCCGACUCCGUCCGAGUCUGUUCAGUCCGCUGUCUCCGAGUGCCUGCCUCCUUUGAUCAGGCUGUCUGGCCCCAAGACCGGCGAGUACGUGAAGGAGAUGCUGGACCAGCUUCUCAACGUCAAGAGCUAUGCUACCCAGCGUGGCGCUGCUUACGGUCUGGCGGGUAUUGUCCUCGGCAAGGGUAUCUCGACCUUGCGAGAGUUCCGCAUCAUGAGCUUGCUUACUGAUGCUCUUGACAACAAGAAGGAGCCGCAUCAGCGUCAGGGUGCUGUGCUGGCCUACGAAUUGUUCGCCACUGUCCUCGGGCGUACCUUUGAGCCCUAUGUCAUCCAGAUUGUCCCGCAAUUGCUUGCUGGCUUCGGUGAUAUGAGCAUUGAUGUCCGCGACGCUUGUCUGGAUGCAUCCAAGGCCUGCUUCCAGAACCUGAGCUCCUACGGUGUGAAGAAGAUCUUGCCUACUCUUUUGGAUGGUCUGGAUGAUACCCAAUGGCGUAGUCAAAAGGGAGCUUGCGAGCUUCUGGGGGCUAUGGCUUAUCUUGACCCGCAGCAGCUGGCCGCCAGUCUGCCCGACAUCAUUCCUCCCCUGACCGUGGUCCUCAAUGAUACCCACAAGGAGGUUCGAAACGCUGCGAACCGCAGUCUCCAGCGCUUCGGCGAGGUCAUUAGCAACCCCGAGAUUAAGAGCCUGGUCAACGUGCUGCUGAAGGCCCUGAGUGAUCCCACCAAGUACACCGAUGAGGCUCUGGAUGCUCUCAUCAAGGUGUCCUUUGCGCACUACCUCGACGCCCCUUCGCUGGCACUCGUCGUGCGUAUCCUUGAACGUGGUCUUGGUGACCGUUCCGCUACCAAGCGGAAGUCUGCCCAAAUCAUUGGCAGCCUGGCGCAUCUUACUGAGCGUAAGGAUCUCACUGCACACCUGCCUAUCAUUAUUGCCGGCCUCAACCUCGCCAUUGUCGAUCCUGUCCCCACCACUCGGGCUACUGCUUCCAAGGCUAUGGGUUCACUUAUCGAGAAGCUAGGAGAGGAUGCUCUGCCCGACCUUAUUCCCAACCUUAUGACCACUCUGAAGUCGGAUACCGGUGCUGGUGACAGACUGGGAUCUGCCCAGGCUCUUUCCGAGGUUCUUGCUGGUCUUGGAACCACCCGUCUCGAGGAGACCCUGCCUACCAUUCUCCAGAACGUUUCCAGCUCCAAGCCUGCCGUUCGCGAGGGCUUCAUGACUCUCUUCAUCUUCUUGCCCGCUUGCUUCGGAAACAGCUUCGCUAACUACCUCAGCAAGAUCAUUCCGCCUAUCCUUGCUGGUUUGGCCGACGAUAUCGAGUCAAUUCGCGAGACCUCUCUGCGUGCUGGUCGUCUGCUUGUCAAGAACUUCGCCACCAAGGCCAUCGACCUCUUGCUUCCCGAACUGGAGCGUGGUCUUGCCGACGACAGCUACCGUAUCCGUCUCAGUUCCGUGGAGCUGGUUGGGGAUCUGCUAUUCAGUCUUACUGGUGUUACUGGAAAGACCGAUGCUGAGGAAGAGGGCGAGGAGGAAGCUCAACAGGCUGGCCAGUCCCUGCUCGAGGUUCUCGGAGAAGAGCGGAGGGACAAGGUCCUCUCGGCCCUGUUCAUCUGUCGCUGCGAUACCUCUGGUAUGGUCAAGAGCGCCGCCAUGGCUGUGUGGAAGGCUCUCGUCGCCUCCCCCAGAACUCUCAAGGACAUGCUCCCGACCUUGGCUCAGCUCAUCAUCCGCCGCCUCGGAUCCUCCAACAUGGAGCAGAAGGUUAUCGCCAGCAACGCUCUUGGCGACCUUAUCAAGAAGGCUGGCGAAUCUGUGCUCUCUACCUUGUUGCCCUUACUCGAGGAAGGUCUCCAGACCUCCCCCGAUGUCGACGUCAAGCAGGGUAUAUGUAUCGCUUUGCGUGAGCUUAUCAGCUCUGCGACCCCUGAGGGCUUGGAAGACUACGAGAAGGUUCUCAUCUCCACUGUGCGUGUGGCUCUGGUCGACAACGAUGAAGAUGUGCGUGAGGCUGCUGCCGAAGCCUUCGACGCUUUGCAGCAGAUUCUGGGCAAGAAGGCUGUCGACCAGGUUUUGCCUUACCUUCUCCACCUGCUUCGCAACGACGAAGAAGCCGAGCAGGCCCUGUCUGCUCUUCUGACUCUCCUGACGGAGCAGACCCGCGCGAACAUCAUUCUCCCCAAUCUUAUCCCUACGCUACUCACGCCGCCUAUCUCGGCUUUCAAUGCCAGAGCCCUGGCAUCCUUGGCCGAGGUUGCUGGCUCCGCCAUGACGAGAAGACUGCCAAAUAUCCUCAACGCUCUCAUGGACGGUAUCCUCGAGACCACCGACGACGGCUUGCGUUCGGAACUCGAGAAUGCCUUCGAUACCGUGUUGGUGUCUGUCGAUGAGUUUGAUGGCUUGAACGUGGCCAUGAACGUGAUGAUGACCCUCAUGAAGCACGACGACCACCACCGCCGAGCCAAGGCUGCUCUGCACCUCAACAAGUUCUUCUCGGACGUUGAAAUGGACUACUCGCGUUACCACCAGGACUUGAUCCGCGUCCUGCUGAUCUCGUUCGACGACCGGGACCAGGAGGUUGUCAAGGCAGCAUGGACCGCUCUCAGCGGUCUUACCUCCCACUUGCGCAAGGAGGAGAUGGAGGUUCUGGUCAUUCCCACCCGCCAAAACCUGCGGCAGGUCGGCGUCGCCGGUGCGGACUUGCCUGGUUUCAGCUUGCCCAAGGGUAUCAUGGCUAUUUUGCCUAUCUUUCUCCAAGGUCUACUUAACGGCAGCGUCGAGCAGCGUGUUCAGUCGGCUCUCGCCAUGUCUGAUAUCAUCGACCGGACGAACGCGAACUCCCUUAAGCCUUUCGUCACCCAGAUCACUGGUCCUCUGAUUCGUAUUGUCUCCGAACGUUCAACCGACAUCAAGAGCGCUAUUUUCUACACCAUCAACAAGCUCCUAGAGAAGAUUCCUCUGGCUGUCAAGCCGUUCCUGCCCCAGCUUCAGCGCACAUUUGCCCGUGGGCUGGCAGAUACUACCAGCGAGACUCUGCGUAAUCGCGCCGCUAAGGGUCUUGGCAUUCUGAUUACACUGACCCCCCGUGUUGACCCCCUCAUUGCCGAGCUUAUCACUGGUUCCAAGACCUCUGAUAUUGGUGUGAAGAAUGCCAUGAUGAAGGCUCUUCAAGAGGUUGUUGGUAAGGCCGGUGCUAGUAUGAGCGAGGCGUCCCGGACUGCCAUCCUUGGUCUCAUUGACGAUGAUGCCAGCGACCAGACCGAUGCUGUCGCCAUCACCAACGCACGCCUUCUUGGCCUGCUUGUCAAGGUCCUCCCUCCCACUACUGCGGUUCCUGUCAUCAAGAACCGAGUUCUCAACGGUCAAUUCUCGCAUGUCUCUGUUCUUGGCCUGAACGCCCUUUUGGCUGAGGCUGCUGGCACCAUGAUUGAGAACUUUGCCGAGGAGACUCCCGCGGCUAUUUGCCAGGGUAUCGCGCACAAGGACCCCUUCAUCUCUGAUAACAGCGUUCUUGCCGCUGGUAAAUUCCUCUUGGCUGAGGAUGGCAACCACAGCUUUGAGACUCACAAGAUGAUCUUCGAGGCUUUGGCCCCCGUCAUUCCGCCGGGUGCCCCAUCCGACACCCGUCGUCUGACGCUGGUCGUGAUUCGGACUGUGAGCCGUCUGCACCCCGAACUGACCCGCCCACACCUGGCUCUGCUCGCACCCCCGAUUUUCGCCGGUGUUCGCGAUCUGGUCAUCCCCGUCAAGCUUGCCGCGGAAGCCGCUUUCCUGUCCAUUUUCUCAGUGGUGGAGUCCGAUAGCGAGGUCUUCGACAACAUGUCUGAGUACUUCAAGCGUAUUGGUAUGCGUCUUGCUAGCCAAGCUCGUGAGCGCCGUAACGCUGAAGGUGGGGAGGGUGGACUGGGUCUGUCGAAUGACGAAGUGGAUGAUGAGAAGGAAUUGUGGAGUAUUGGAAAGCUAAUCGCGCCCGCCCCAAACUCUCACCGUCUGGAUUUCCCGUUGAGUGCUACGAACAUCAUCCGCCAACGACCGUCGAUACGCCGACAUCAAGAUGUGAGUGCCAUCUCCUACGACUAUUUCCUGAGGUUCCCGACCAGUGAUAUUGUCGCCCCCGUCGAAACAGAGUUCCCGCGGUUGAAGGGAACAGAGGAACCCGUGAUGGUCAACCUUCGCACCCAGAAGCGCCUCGCCGCCUCCGUGGUCGGCUGCGGCAAGCGCAAGAUUUGGCUCGACCCCAAUGAGAUGACCGAGAUCUCCAACGCCAACUCCCGCCAGACCAUCCGCAAGCUCGUCAGCGAUGGCCUCAUCAUCCGCAAGCCCGUCACCAUGCACUCGCGCUCCCGCGCCCGCGAGCUGAACGAGGCCCGCCGCAUCGGUCGUCACCGCGGUCUGGGUAAGCGUAAGGGUACCAAGGACUCCCGUAUGCCCAGCCAAGUCCUCUGGAUGCGCCGCAUGCGUGUCCUCCGUCGUCUCCUCGUCCGCUACCGUGCCGCCGGCAAGAUCGACAAGCACCUGUACCACGAGCUCUACCACCUGAGCAAGGGUAACACCUUCAAGCACAAGCGUGCCCUCGUUGAGCACAUCCAGAAGGCCAAGGCCGAGCGCCAGCGUGAGCGUGUCCUCAAGGAGGAGAUGGACGCUAAGCGUGCCAAGAACAAGGCUCUCCGUGAGCGUCGGGCGGAGCGUGUUGAGGCCAAGCGUAACGCUCUGGUCGCUGAGGAGUAA